GAGUAAAUGCCAUGCCUGUGCAUUGAAAUUUUCCUAGUAAAGGUACAAGGUAAACAGUACCAUAAUAGAACUAUAAAACAUCCAUAAAGGUAUGCUUGCACUCCCAACAUUUCCACAUCAUCACAUCAAAGCUGAGCCAUCUGAUAUCUCUCUCUCUCUCUCUCUCUCAUAUGCACUGUUACUGAUAGAACUUGACAAAAUCUGUGUGGAAGAGGAUUUGUUUGCCUUUAUGCUGAUGCAAAAAGGUUCAAGGACAUCAGUUUAUUAUAUAAUUCAUGAAAGAAACCAAUGGUAUUUCAACACUGCUGCCAUGAUAGAGAUAUCAUUCCAGAAGUUCUUUUGUAAAUGCAGUGCUAAUCCAGAACAAGCUGUAAAAGAAUACUAGAGAGUACAACAACUUUCUCAUCAUGCCAAACAGAGAGAUUACCAUCCUUCUAUAUCUGAGUGCUUCUUUAUUCCCUGCCAUCUUUGCUUUGAACCAAGAAGGUCUCUCUCUCUUGUCAUGGCUUGCAACCUUCAACUCUUCCUCUUCUGCCAAUUUCUUCUCUUCUUGGGAUGUAACUCAUCAAAAUCCAUGCAAAUGGGAUUACAUCAAAUGCACUAGCGGUGGUUUUGUUUCCGAAAUCACUAUCACUUCGAUCAAUCUUCCCACUUCACUUCCUAGUCAAGUCCUCUCAUUCAACUUUCUUACUGUCCUUGUACUCACAAAUGGAAACCUGACAGGAGAAAUCCCACCAGCCAUUGGAAAUAUGUCGUCUCUGGCCACAGUAGACCUCAGUUUUAAUGCUCUAACAGGGAUGAUACCACCUGAAAUAGGAAAGUUACCGAAUUUGCGGGUACUGUCAUUGAAUUCGAAUUCGUUGCAUGGUGGAAUACCUGAAGAAAUAGGAAACUGCUCACACCUGAGGCAGCUUGAACUUUUUGACAACCAGUUUUCUGGAAAACUUCCCGUGGAAAUCAGCCACCUAAAUGCUCUGGAAAUCUUUCGUAUUGGUGGCAAUAUUGGAAUUCAUGGAGAAAUUCCAGUGGAAAUAUCAAAGUGCGUAAACUUAACUAUUUUGGGUCUUGCAGAUACUGGGAUAUCAGGUCAGAUUCCGCAUAGUAUUGGAGAACUGAAGAAUCUCAAGACUCUUUCAGUAUAUACAGCAAAUCUGACUGGUGAGAUCCCACCAGAAAUUGGUAAUUGCUCAGCAUUGGAAAAUCUUUUUAUCUAUGAAAAUCAAAUUUCUGGAGGACUACCAGUUGGGAUGGGAAUGCUUAAGAAUCUAAGAAGGUUGUUGGUGUGGCAGAACAACCUGAGAGGUUCCAUUCCAGAAGAUCUAGGAAACUGUUCAAGCUUGACAGUGAUCGACUUAUCUUUGAAUUUUCUGAGUGGAGAGGUACCUUCUUCCCUUGAAAAUUUGAUCACACUGGAGGAGCUCCUCUUGUCUGAUAAUUCUAUUUCUGGUGGAAUUCCAGAGUACAUUGGCAACUUUUCUAGCUUGACGCAACUUGAAGUGGAUAACAACAAUUUUUCUGGCGAGAUUCCAAGAACUAUUGGGAACUUAAUGGAGCUUAAUUUGUUCUUUGCCUGGCAGAAUCAGCUGAAUGGAAGCAUACCAGCCGAAUUAGCCAAUUGCCAGAAGCUUCAAAGCUUGGACCUUUCUCACAACUACCUCACUGGAUCAGUUCCAAAGAAUCUGUAUAAUCUGAGGAACUUGUCUAAGCUGCUGCUGCUUUCCAAUCUGCUUUCUGGAGGACUUCCACCAGACAUUGGCAAUUGUACCAGCCUAAACCGAUUGAGAUUAGGAUCAAACAUGUUUGAUGGUCAAAUUCCUUCAGAAAUUGGGCUCUUACAAAAUUUGGGCUUCCUCGAGUUGGCAGAAAAUCAAUUUACUGGAGCUAUUCCUUUUGAAAUUGGAAAUUGCAUGCAGCUGGAAAUGAUCGAUCUCCAUGAGAAUAAGCUUGAAGGCACAGUUCCUCUAUCUUUUGUCUCACUAUCUCAACUGAAUGUGUUGGAUCUUUCAAUGAAUAGAAUUUCAGGCAACAUCCCCGAAAGUAUAGGCAAGCUCACAUCAUUAAAUAAACUUUUACUGAAUGGAAAUAACAUCAACGGUUUGAUACCUAAGUCAUUAGGCCUCUGUAAGGACUUACAGUUGCUGGAUGUAAGCAGAAAUAGUAUCAGUGGUUUAAUCCCAGAUGAGAUUGGUCAACUGCAAGGGUUAGAUAUCCUAUUGAACUUAAGCUGGAAUUUCUUGAUAGGGCCCAUCCCAGAAAGCUUUUCAAAUUUUUCAAAGCUAGCAAACAUGGACCUUUCCCACAACAUGUUGGCAGGAAGCUUGAGAGCACUUGGUAACCUUGACAAUCUUGUUUCCUUGAAUGUUUCCUACAACAAUUUUUCAGGUGUACUUCCCAAUACGAAACUCUUUCAUGAUCUCCCAAAUGCUUCUUUUGCUGGUAACCAAGAGCUCUGCAUUAACAGAGACCGAUGUUACUUCAGUGGAAACCAGAACAGGAAGUCCAUCAGGAACCUCACUGUCUUAGUUGUUCUCAGUGUUGUUUUGACUAUUAUAAUCUUCACAGUUGGAGCAAUCUUCUACAUUAGAGGUCAUGAUGAGAUAUGCAGAAAGAGUGAUGAAGAGACUGGACUCCAGUGGGAUUUCACGCCAUUCCAGAAGCUGAACUUCUCUGUCAAUGAUAUUUUAGGAAAGCUUACUGAAUCUAACAUUGUUGGGAAGGGUGGCUCAGGUGUUGUUUAUCGAGUGGAGAUCCCAGUACGGCAGUUUAUUGCCGUAAAAAAACUUUGGCCCAAGAAGAUUGGAGAAAUUCCGCAGAGGGACUUGUUUUCUGCAGAAGUUAGAGCACUGGGAUCAAUCAGGCACAAAAAUAUUGUGAGACUUCUGGGCUGCUGUAACAAUGGAAAAACUAGAUUGCUAUUGUUUGAUUACAUCAGUAAUGGGAGUUUGGCAAAAGUUCUUCAUGGUAAGAUGAUAUACUUGGAUUGGGAUGCAAGGUAUAAAAUCAUACUUGGAGCAGCUGAUGGUUUGGCUUAUCUGCACCAUGACUGUAUCCCUCCAAUUGUUCACCGCGAUAUCAAGGCCAACAAUAUUUUGGUUGGUCCACAGUAUGAAGCUUUCCUCGCUGAUUUUGGACUGGCAAAGCUUGUAGAUUCAGCAGAUUAUUCGAGAGCUUCAAACAUUGUGGCGGGUUCCUAUGGCUAUAUUGCUCCUGAAUAUGGAUACAGUAUGAGAAUCACAGGGAAGAGUGAUGUAUACAGCUAUGGCAUUGUGCUUCUUGAAGUCCUAACAGGGAUGGAACCAAAUGAUCCCAGGAUUCCAAAUGGUGCCCACAUUGUCACUUGGGUUCAACGGGAGAUGCGAAUAAAGCACAGAGAAUUUACGUCAAUUCUUGAUCAACAGCUACUUCUACUGUCUGGAACACAAACACAAGAAAUGCUUCAAGUGCUUGGGGUGGCUCUACUCUGUGUGAACCCCAGUCCUGAUGAUAGACCAACAAUGAAAGAUGUUACGGCAAUGCUCAGAGAAAUCAGGCAUGAGAAUGAGGAUUUUGAGAAGCCAAAUUCUCUGCAGAAAGCAAUGGUUUCCAACACCAAAGCAGCGGUUCAUUGUUCUAGUUUCUCAAGAUCUUCUGAACCCCUAAUUAGAUCUCCCUCCCAGCGGUCAGAAUAGUUAGAUCUCAUUCAUUGUCGGGAUUUUUUUUUUUUGGUCCUUUGAUUCUUUCCAAGUUACUAAUAAACUGUAUAGGUAGAUAAAAAAAAUUUUCUUGUCAGAUUAACACUCCAUUUCGUCAUUGUAUUAUGAUUUCAGAGUUUCCACCUCCUAAUAACUUGAUUAAGAUUUAAUUUGUUUAGGUAGGGAGGAUUCAAAUCCCAUGAUCUGAUUCCAAGGAGCUGUAACUUGAUUGAAGCACUUUACAAAACCAUUCCCUUUC